CGACAGCAGCCGCCAUAACGUUGUCCACUGGCGGAGUGAGUGAAAGCGCGUCCCCGUUCCUGUUGUACGCGAGUGUGUGUUGCAUGUGAAGCGUGCGUCCCGUUCGUGUAUGUCGGCGAAGUGAACAAACCAAACCGCCAGGAAGAAUAAGUUAUUCAGCGGGACUUCGUGCGCUUGCUGACGACGAUGGCGUCUGAUGAAGAACAGGACGAAUCUUACGCCGGUGAUGAAGAUCAAGGUAAUGACGAUGGCGGUAAUGAGCAUGUAGAUAAUUCACCUGCUGAUUCCGACGAAGCGCCGGCAAAGGCAGAGGAGGACGAUGAUGAAUACGAGCCCGAGAGCAGAAAGUCGAAAAAGGGCAAGAAACGUAAAGCACGAAGCGAAGAGAAAAAGGGAAAAAAGAAAAAGAAGAAAAAGAAAAAUGACAGUGGAGAUGAAAGUGAUUAUGCCAAUGAAGAUGACAAUGGUGAUUCUGAUUAUGGUAGCAGUAAGAAAGGGCGAAAGUCUAGAAGUUCCACCAAGCAUUCAGCACCUGCUACACCACAACAAGAUACAUCCAACAGUGGAGGAGCUGGCAUGCCUACAAUUGAGGAAGUCUGCUCAACAUUCGGACUCAUUGAUGUUGAGUUGCAGUAUAGCGAAUCAGAUUUCGUGAAUUUGACGACUUACAAGUUAUUUCAGCAACAUGUACGACCAAUGUUGGCUAAAGAAAACCCUAAGGUUCCAAUGUCAAAACUUAUGAUGUUGGUCGCAGCGAAAUGGCGUGAAUUCUCCAACAUAAAUCCUCAUUUACAAUCCGAAGCUGAAACAUCCACCGCCGCCGAUUCGGAAUACAGCAAACCAAGUCGUUCCUCACGAUCAGCUAAAGAACUCCCCAAGGAUGAUGAUGAAGAAGAGGAUGACGACGACGACGAUGAUUCUCGAAUUAAAAAACGCCGUCCGUCUCGCGGUAAAAAAUCCUCAAAGAAAGCAAAGGUUCCCACGUUAAAGAUCAAAUUCGGCAAGCGUAAAAGAGAACGCGGCAGCUCUGAAGAUGACGGUGAAGCGAGCGUGGCUGGGUCCGACCGUGACUCCGAUAUGGAGUUUGAACAAAUGCUUCAGGAUGGUUAUGAGGGUUCCAGUAAGACAGAAACCAUCGAGGAGGCGCCUGCACCACCUGCUGAGACUGGCGAUGACACGCCAGCGCCUCGACGCAAAGCCAAGACAAAAAUCGGCAACAAGAGCAAGAAAAAGAAGAAGGGUAAGCCAAGCGGACGGCCUGAUGGUGAGGAACAAUACGAGCAUCAGGAUUACUGUGAGGUGUGCCAGCAAGGCGGUGAGAUUAUUCUCUGCGACACUUGUCCCCGAGCAUAUCACUUGGUAUGCUUAGAGCCUGAAUUAGAGGAUACACCGGAAGGUAAAUGGAGUUGUCCGCAUUGUGAGAAUGAAGGGCCAGCGGAACAAGACGAUGAUGAACAUCAAGAGUUCUGCCGCGUUUGUAAAGACGGCGGGGAGUUAUUGUGUUGUGAUAGUUGUCCGGGUGCAUAUCACACACAUUGCUUGAAUCCUCCACUCACAGAAAUUCCAGAUGGUGAUUGGAAGUGUCCCAGAUGCAGCUGUCCACCACUCGCUGGUAAAGUAAGUAAGAUAUUGACGUGGCGAUGGGUGGAGGUGCCUCCACCACCGCCGAAAGAAGGCGAGGAGUUGACACCUGCCGAGAAAAAGAAACAAAAACCACAGCGUAAACGUGUUUUCGUGAAAUGGCAUGAGAAAUCCUACUGGCAUUGCGAUUGGGCGUCUGAAUUACAAAUAGACGUACACCAUCCGUUGAUGUUCCGCAGUUACUUCCGUAAAUACGACAUGGAAGAACCACCUAAACUGGAGGAACCAUUGGAUGAGUCCGACAACCGCGUGAAACGCCUACAAAACAUGGGACAUGAAAGAGAUGAUGAACUGGAAGACAGGUUCUACAAAUACGGCGUGAAACCAGAAUGGUUGAUUGUGCAGCGUAUCAUCAAUCAUCGCACAAUGCGAGAUGGCCGCACGUUGUAUUUCGUCAAAUGGCGUGAAUUACCCUAUGACCAAUGCACCUGGGAAGAAGAGGACGACUCAGUACCAGGUUUGAAACAAGCGAUUGAGUAUUACUUCGAUCUACGCUCAGCGUCUAUGAGCGACAACACCAAACGCAAGGGUAAGAAAGGUAAGCGGUCGAAAACCCGUGAGCUCAUCGAUGACGAUGAUAGAAGCACUCCGAAGAGGUACACACCUCCACCGGAGAAGCCCACCACAGAUCUCAAGAAAAAAUACGAACGGCAACCGGAUUAUUUUACAGAAACAGGUAUGCAGCUGCAUCCAUAUCAGUUGGAAGGUCUCAACUGGUUGCGGUAUUCAUGGGGGCAGGGAAUUGAUACUAUUCUCGCUGAUGAGAUGGGUCUGGGUAAGACCAUCCAGACAAUUACGUUGUAUUCGUUGUAUAAGGAAGGACACUGCAAAGGUCCUUUCUUGGUCAGUGUACCACUAUCUACGAUUAUCAACUGGGAGAGAGAGUUUGAGUUAUGGGCGCCUGACUUCUACUGCAUUACAUAUGUCGGUGAUAAGGAUUGUCGUGCAGUCAUCAGAGAGAAUGAAUUGUCUUUCGAGGAGAAUGCAACCAGCCGGGGUGGCAGAGCGAGUAAAAUCCGUUCUAGUUCCAUCAAGUUUAACGUCCUGUUGACUUCCUAUGAGCUUAUUUCAAUAGAUUCUGCUUGUCUGGGGUCAAUUGAUUGGGCUGUGUUGGUUGUAGACGAGGCCCAUCGACUUAAGAGUAAUCAGUCGAAGUUUUUCCGACUUUUGGCUGGAUAUAACAUCUCUUAUAAACUAUUGUUGACCGGUACUCCUCUGCAGAAUAACCUCGAAGAGUUGUUCCAUUUGCUGAACUUUUUGAAUAGCAAUAAGUUCAAUGAUUUAAGCACGUUCCAGAACGAAUUCGCUGAUAUUUCGAAAGAGGACCAGGUGAAGAAACUGCAUGAGAUGUUGGGUCCACACAUGCUGCGGCGGUUGAAAGCCGAUGUGUUGAAGAACAUGCCCUCGAAGUCCGAGUUUAUCGUGCGUGUGGAGUUGUCACCAAUGCAGAAGAAGUACUACAAGUAUAUUCUGACGAGGAACUUCGAAGCGCUGAAUCCCAAAGGUGGUGGGCAAUCAGUGUCGCUGUUGAACAUCAUGAUGGACCUGAAGAAGUGCUGUAAUCAUCCGUAUUUAUUCCCAGCUGCGUCGGAGGAAGCUCCGCUGGGACCCAGUGGAAAUUAUGAGACGUCUAGCUUGACAAAGGCGGCUGGUAAAUUGGUACUGCUCUCGAAAAUGUUGCGUAUUCUUCGAGAGCAGGGUCAUCGCGUGUUGAUCUUUUCACAGAUGACGAAAAUGUUGGAUAUUCUCGAGGAUUACCUCGAGGGUGAAGGUUACAAGUACGAGAGGAUUGACGGUGCGAUUACAGGUAAUCUUCGGCAGGAAGCCAUUGAUCGCUUCAAUGCACCCGGUGCACCGCAGUUUGUUUUCUUGUUGUCUACCAGAGCCGGUGGUCUUGGUAUCAAUUUAGCAACGGCUGAUACGGUUAUUAUUUAUGAUUCCGACUGGAAUCCACAUAAUGAUAUCCAAGCCUUUUCGCGUGCGCAUCGUAUCGGGCAGGCGAAUAAAGUAAUGAUUUAUCGCUUCGUUACGAGGAACUCAGUUGAGGAGCGAGUAACGCAAGUAGCAAAGAGGAAGAUGAUGUUGACGCAUUUAGUUGUACGGCCUGGAAUGGGUGGCAAGGGUGCUAACUUCACCAAACAGGAACUGGAUGAUAUUCUGCGGUUCGGUACGGAGGAGUUGUUCAAGGAGGAUGAAGGUAAAGAGGAUGAAGCGAUUCAUUAUGAUGACAAAGCUGUCAAAGAGUUGUUGGAUCGCACAAAGGAGGGUAUCGAACAGAAAGAGAACUGGGCCAAUGAGUAUCUCAGUUCGUUUAAGGUCGCCAGUUAUGUGACGAAGGAAGGUGAUGUUGAGGAAGAUGUAGAUACUGAAAUCAUCAAACAGGAGGCGGAGAAUACUGAUCCUGCUUAUUGGAUUAAAUUACUGAGGCAUCAUUAUGAACAACAGCAGGAGGAUAUCGCUCGUACGCUUGGUAAAGGUAAACGUGUGCGUAAACAGGUUAAUUACAACGAUGGUGGUUUAACCACCGAUACCCGAGAGGAUAGUACCUGGCAGGAGAACCUCUCUGAUUACAAUAACUCGGAUUAUUCGGGUGCUUCUGAUGAAGAUAAAGAAGAUGAUGAUUUUGAUGAGAAGGCCGAUGGCGAUAACAUUCGCAAGAGUAAGCGGCGCAUGGAACGCAGGGAUGAGCGUGAUCGCCCACUUCCUCCUCUGCUGGCGCGUGUUGGUGGAAACAUCGAGGUGUUGGGCUUCAAUGCCAGGCAACGCAAAGCAUUCCUCAAUGCGAUUAUGCGUUACGGUAUGCCGCCGCAGGACGCAUUCAACUCGCAGUGGUUGGUGCGUGAUCUCCGUGGUAAAUCAGAGAAGAUCUUCAAAGCGUAUGUUUCGUUGUUCAUGCGACAUCUGUGUGAACCAGGCGCGGAUAACGCGGACACCUUUGCUGAUGGUGUGCCCAGGGAGGGUUUGAGCAGGCAGCACGUACUUACCAGGAUCGGCGUGAUGUCGCUGAUUAGGAAGAAGGUACAGGAGUUUGAACAUAUUAAUGGAGAGUAUAGUAUGCCGGAAGCUGUGCGUAAGGCAAUCGAAGCGAAGAAAGCUGCUAAAGCGGCGGCGGAGGCUGCUACAGCUGCGGCGGCUGCAGCCACAGCGGCAAAUGCAACUGCUACGGUUGAUUUGGCUAGCACGCCCACUGAAGGUGAGAAAAGUGCGACUACAAGUACAAGCGCCACUCCUGCGACAAGCGCUGCAGCCAGUCCUACACCAACAGUUGCAACUGACAGUGAAAAGGAAAAGGAAAAUGGUGAAGCGAAUGCCACCGUAACACCUAAAGAAGAAACAGCUGAAACAGUUGAUGAUGCUGAUAAAGACAAGGAUACACCUGCAGAAGAUGUUAAAACAGCUGAUAAAGAAAAAGAAGAUGAAGCCAAACCUUCCACUAAAGAAGUCGAUGAAGUCAAAAAGGAGGAAUCUGCCGAAACUUCCACUGAAAAGGAAGACAAAGAAAAGACAGAAGAAACAGUUCCUCCCAUUUCUCCAGAAAAAGAAAAAGAAAAAGCCGAUAUUAAGGAAAAAGAAAAACCGAAAGUUGACGAAAUAAAAACCGAAGUAACAGAUGAGAAAAAAGAAGACGCUUCCAAGGAAAAGGAAGAAGAUAAGAAACCCGUGGUCAAAGAAAAAGACGAUGAUGAAUGUGUUAUCGUCGACGUCAAGAAAGAGGAUAUGCCCACUAAAGAGGAAGAGGAAGCAAAGAGGAAGUUUAUGUUUAACAUUGCUGAUGGUGGUUUCACAGAGUUGCAUACUCUGUGGCUCAAUGAAGAGAAAGCGGCUGCUCCUGGCAGAGAGUACGAGAUUUGGCAUAGACGCCAUGAUUAUUGGCUGCUUGCGGGUAUCGUCACACAUGGUUAUGGUCGGUGGCAGGAUAUACAAGCAGAUGCCCGCUUUACCAUCAUCAAUGAACCGUUUAAGAUGGAUGUCGGCAAGGGCAACUUUUUGGAAAUCAAGAAUAAAUUCCUUGCUAGACGAUUCAAGUUACUUGAGCAAGCGUUGGUCAUUGAGGAACAGUUGCGUCGUGCAGCUUACUUAAACCUAACCCAGGAUCCCAAUCAUCCUGCGAUGUCGUUGAACGCUCGCUUUGCUGAAGUGGAGUGUUUGGCAGAAAGUCACCAGCAUUUGAGUAAGGAAUCGCUUGCCGGUAAUAAACCCGCCAACGCGGUGCUGCAUAAGGUGCUUAACCAGCUGGAGGAGUUGUUGAGCGAUAUGAAAUCGGAUGUAUCGCGGCUCCCGGCGACCCUGGCACGUAUUCCACCCGUGGCGCAACGACUGCAGAUGUCCGAGAGGAGUAUAUUAUCGCGAUUGGCUGCGACGUCGUCUUCGAAUGCGUCUCCAGCAACUCAAGUGAUGAGCCAAUUUCCGCCCGGUUUCAACGCGGGAAGUCUGCCCGGUUUCGCAGCGGCCGCCGCCGCCGCCAACUUCGCCAACUUCAGGCCCCAGUACUCAGUUCCUGGACAGCCACCCUCCGGUUUCCCGUCGUAAGGUGGUCCCCCAAUUCCAUUUCCUUCAUCAUCCCCGCCUCCCUUGGCUCCAAACACUCACACCUCACGCACUUUUUCUGUGGCUAUUUCGGUGUCGUAGGUUAAUUGUAAUGUUAUUUUAAUCAUCCCAAUAGGAUCAAUAACGAGGAGCGAAUUUUUUAUAACGUUUAGAAUCUAGCGGAUAAACAAACAACAAACUCUUAGCGUAUAGGGAAGAAGGAGCGUUUAAUUUAUUAUUGUACGCGGCCCGCGUUCUACAUCCCAAUCGAGGCAAAACGAAAGCGGGCGAUUGGUGCGCGGAACGCUGUGACGAGAGAAAGAAAAAAAAAACAAGCGUCUUGUGUAGUGUUUUCUUCUUAGGUUGAUACUUAUUACUGAGUAAUAAUAGCUAAUGUAUGUAUGCGCUCGCACCGUUACUCAGUAGCAAGAUACAUUCCAAGCAAUUAAAACUAUUAUAAAUCACA